CUUCUCCCUUAGCCUCGCUCCUCACCCACCCCCUCCUACAGAGGAUAGGCUGGGCUUGUCCAAGGCCAAGCACCAGGCCUUUGGUAACCCCCCUCGUUACGCAAACUGCGUAGGGCCCAGCUCCGACUCGCUCAGCCGCUGCCAGCCAGCUGCGUAAUGGCUUCCUGAAUCUGCCUCUUCCGCCGGGAUGUGCGGAGAUCCGCCCACUUCCCCUCUUCCCGCCUCCCAGAGCUUCUCCAGGGGACCCACCCUCCCGGUUGGCCGAGGCUCACAGAUUACGUCGCUCACUGGUUCUUUCCAUCUGUCAUUCAACCAAGGGCCCGCCUGUUUACUGAAAUUGGGCUGAUGAUUGGUCUAAAGGCGUGUCUGUCGCUACAGAGCGCUCCACCUAAUCUAGCCUUAAUUCAUUUCCAUUGGAAAAUAGUCAUGUCGUUCAAUCAUCAGUUUUACGAGUUUUGCGCCGUUAAAUUCAGCUCUUUUAUUUGCGGUUUAGGGAGUUAGAUUACCAAAACUCGGCCUCCUGAGGAUCUCUAGUGCUUGCGGCCUUGAGGUGUUGGCCAAUUAAUUUUUAAUUCCAUCCAGGUGCGCAAAUUCUGCCUUGCAAGCGCAUCUCACAGUUGCUCCUCACGUAAAUCCUACUUCCCACCGGAUAUUACAAUCUCUACGAAUAGGACAGCUCCUCCAAUCUUUACGAUUCCUUCAUCUAAACCACGUUUCUCAAUGGAAAUAUGACACGGGACCUUCUGCCUGCCAAUCACAAGACUUGUGCCUAUCACAGCGUGACUUCCUCUCUCGGCCGGACCCAGCCAAUCCCCACCUCCCUCAGUUUGAAUCGGCCCCUGGCUGAGCGGAGAUCGCCCCGCCCUCUCCAUUGAUCUGGGUAAGUCCAGGGCCGCGUAGGCAGUUCUUGGGGAGGCUCCGCCUCUCUAGGUGGCCGUCCGGGUCUAUGACUGGCGGGCGUCGUGCCUGGGGGCGUGACCAUCCAGGCGGCGAGAGGCGGGGCCGGGCUCCCGGAAGCCGCCCAUCCGGCCAGUUUGCCGGCAUCCCUGAGCCCGCGCUCAGUGUCUGGGGACACCCGCGUAUCUUUCGUGCUCUCCCCGCCGGCCCGUUGCCCCUGCCUCGCGCCCGAUGGUGAGCAGUGUGUUGUGCCGCUGCGUGGCUUCCCCGCCGCCGGACGCCGCCGCCGCCGCCUCUUCGUCCGCCUCGUCGCCGGCGUCUGUAGACCCGUGCGGCGGCGCCGUCUGCGGGGGCCCGGACCACCAGCUGCGCCUGUGGAGCCUCUUCCAGACUCUCGACGUCAACCGCGACGGCGGCUUGUGUGUCAACGACUUAGCAGUGGGGCUUCGGCGCCUGGGACUGCACCGCACCGAGGGCGAGCUCCAGAAAAUCGUACAAGCUGGCGACAAAGACCUCGACGGGCAGCUAGACUUUGAAGAGUUUGUCCAUUAUCUCCAAGAUCACGAGAAGAAGCUGAGGCUGGUCUUCAAGAGUUUGGACAAAAAGAACGAUGGACGCAUCGAUGCCCAAGAGAUCAUGCAGUCUCUGCGGGACCUGGGAGUCAAGAUAUCUGAACAGCAGGCAGAAAAAAUUCUUAAGAGCAUGGACAAAAACGGCACGAUGACCAUCGACUGGAACGAGUGGCGAGACUACCACCUCCUGCAUCCCGUGGAAAACAUCCCGGAGAUCAUCCUCUACUGGAAGCACUCCACGAUCUUUGAUGUGGGUGAGAAUCUGACAGUCCCCGAUGAAUUCACGGUGGAGGAGAGGCAGACGGGGAUGUGGUGGAGACACCUGGUGGCCGGCGGCGGGGCGGGGGCCGUCUCCAGAACCUGCACAGCCCCCCUGGACAGACUCAAGGUGCUCAUGCAGGUCCACGCCUCCCGCAGCAACAACAUGUGCAUCGUGGGUGGCUUCACCCAGAUGAUUCGGGAAGGAGGGGCCAGAUCACUCUGGCGGGGCAACGGCAUCAACGUCCUCAAGAUUGCCCCCGAGUCGGCCAUCAAAUUCAUGGCCUAUGAGCAGAUCAAGCGUCUCGUGGGGACUGACCAGGAGACUCUGAGGAUUCACGAGAGGCUGGUGGCAGGGUCCUUGGCAGGAGCCAUCGCCCAGAGCAGCAUCUACCCGAUGGAGGUCCUGAAGACCCGGAUGGCUCUGCGCAAGACGGGCCAGUACUCGGGCAUGCUGGACUGUGCCAGAAAGAUCCUGGCCCGCGAGGGCGUGGCCGCCUUCUACAAAGGCUACGUUCCCAACAUGCUCGGGAUCAUCCCCUAUGCUGGGAUAGACCUCGCCGUCUACGAGACACUCAAGAACGCCUGGCUGCAGCGCUACGCAGUGAACAGCGCAGACCCCGGCGUGUUUGUGCUCCUGGCCUGUGGCACCAUGUCCAGCACCUGUGGCCAGCUGGCCAGCUACCCGCUGGCCCUGGUCAGGACCCGGAUGCAGGCCCAAGCCUCGGUCGAGGGCGCUCCGGAAGUGAGCAUGAGCAGCCUCUUCAAACAGAUCCUGCGGACCGAGGGGGCCUUCGGCCUGUACCGGGGGCUGGCCCCCAACUUCAUGAAGGUGAUCCCGGCCGUGAGCAUCAGCUACGUGGUGUACGAGAAUCUGAAGAUCACCCUGGGCGUGCAGUCGCGGUGACGGGAGGGGGGGCAGCCCGCCCGCGGACUCACUGAUCCUGGGCCUGCAGCCCUGGGAUGUAUCGCCAUCUCAUUCUGUGAAUGUGCCAACACUAAGCUGACUUAAGCCAAGCUGUGAAAACCCUGGGAUGCGCCUGCAAAGGGGGUGGGGCGAGCCGCAGGCCCACUGGGUGUGUCCUGCUGACCCUGGCCGACCCUCACGUUCUUUCCGGGGAAGACCUAUGGGUAUUCCUCAGGGACCAGGGCUCAGCAGGACACGGGCUCGCGCGCGCACAGGGACAGAAUGUUUCCUGCAGCACCUGCCCAGAAGCACGGCUGGGGGGCCGGCUUAGUUCUUCCAUCGCAUCCUCGCAGCCAGCCGGCUGACACAGGCCGCCUUCUGGCCUGCCGAGCGUUUGCCCCCGGGCCCACCUUGCUUCCUUCCUCGCUACUGUUGGAAAUGGUAGGAGGAGGGCCACCAGCCCACUCCCCAUGCCGCUCCCCACCCUCAGUCCGCCAGGCGGGCUCCGGCUUCUGAGCGGCCCUGCUGAUGGGCACCCGGGUGGCGCAUGCAUGAGGGGCGAGAGGCUGCCCGGCAUCUUGGCGCAUGGCUUUGCGGGUCCUGGAACCCAGACGGCCUCUGCUCCCUGCGCUCCCGGGGCUCUGAGCUGGCCCCGGACGCUGUCAGGCCUGGCACCAGCUCAGAAUCAACUCCCUCUCCCCUCGCUGGUAUGAGGGCAGCAGGCAUCGUGUUGGAGCAGGACAGGCAGUUGCUGCCCGGUGGCUGUGGGUCCUGGCGGGAGAAGGAAAAGGCGUUCAAGGCCUUAAUUUUGUAUCGUUGGGCAAAGGGUUUGGUUCAGAAAGACAAGCUGGACAAAGGUGCAGUUCCGCGUUCUUCCAAAGGGAAGAGCAGGGAGCCGGUGGCUCGGCUGAUGGCAUUAACGUCUGUUUCUGCCGCGCCGGGGGAUUCGUGUCCAAUCCCCACGGGGGCAAAGUGGGACCAGCCUCACAUUCCACUGCUUCAACGUAUCUCACUGCUUGGAGCCUAUUUAUUUCGUAUUUAUUUAACAGAGUUAUGUCCUAACUAUUUUUAUAGAUUUGUUUAAUUAAUAGCCUGUCAUUUUCAAGUCCAUUUUUUAUUCGUAUUUAUGUUCACGGUUGAUUGUACCUUCCCAACACCUGCAAGGUGGGGUGGGGAGAGGAAGGAGGGGGGCCGUGGGAGUGACGUGACCCUUCUCGCCACGACCGUCGUGUCUGUCCAAAGAAAUUCCUCUCGGAACUGGUGACAGAAGAAAGGCAAGAAGGCAGAAGGGCCCUGACCACAGAGGAAGCCCUUUGGCAGGUCCGGCCGGGGCCAGCACCCAGGAAGCUUCCGGACCCAAGGGUUUGCCUAGGAGGUGGGAAGCGUGGGAGAAAUGUCAGCCCUGAAGACAGAUGUCCAAACCAUUUCUUGCACUGGGAGGAUUUCUUCAUUCACCCUCUCGAAUGACAGGACAGUGAGGUGCCCAUCACUGUGAGUUUGGGGUGGGGGCCGGAGGAGAGGGCAGCGGGCUCCCCACCUGUACCUGUGAAACGGGCUCCUCUCUGUCCGGGGCCCCACUGCCCCUGCUCAGUAAUGCUGGUCAGCGUGCAGCUGUGCAGUCAUCCCUCUGUUGCACCGGAAUGGUCUGAUGAGGACAAUUUAAAUAGGAUGCAAAGAUCAAUGCAAAAAUUACUGUUAUAUAUAAAUAGUUAUAACUGGAAUUGGUGACAAAGCGAAUUAAGAAAGAAUUGGAAGUUGUCAUUGAAAACAGCCUUCUAAUAAAGUUGUUUCGAAGCAGA